AUGGAUGCAAGAGAAGAGUACUUCGGGUUAGGAUCGGUAUGUGUGCAAUUAGUAUUUUGUGCAUGAAACAUGUCUUCCACUGUCAUUUUAUGGCAAACGUAUUCAAAUUGGAAUCACAAAUAUUAACUGUGAAAAUAGCUGGUUUUGGAUCAAACUAUGUGAGCUAAAUAUAUUUUAUUUUUAUUUUGGAGGAAGGAACAUCCACUUUUAUACGGUCAAUAGGGGAUUUUUAUCAAUCCAGCUUCUUAGGGCUACCUGCAGUUAUUUACUAGAAACCUUAUCUUAUCACUGAUUCCUUGUUCCAGCUCUCUCUCAUAAUAAGCUUGGUUGUGUUUUGAAAAUUGACCCCUCAACUAGUUGAAGGUUUUUUUUUGUUUUUUUUUACGGUGCACAAACACUGAGAUGGCCAGGUGUAUGUCAUAAUUCGUUGUAGGAUAGUCCUAGUUAAAAUAUAUCCUUGAAUAUCACUGCAAUAAAAUGUGGACUGAGUUUCUCAAAUGGGAUUCCACUAGUUGAGCCAUUACCAAUUAUGUCUUUGACUGCCUGAUUGUAGCUUUGAUAGAGCCUUCUGAACUCUACUUUUGGCUCUAUUCCACUACUGCGCUACAGAUGUAGGAAAAACACACAUAACCAAUUCGCUUCUAGAUUUAUUUAUUUUUUAAAAUUUCAUGCACUUUAAAGGGUUUGCUGAAAUUGUGCCCUGGUUUAGGACCCCUAAAAUUUAAUAUUUAUAAUGUCCACUAGAUGGUAGCCUUGUUUUGAGUGUGUUGCUGCCAAAGUGUUGGGAUUUAUCUUUUUGUUUUCAAAUUGGAAUCUACAUUCAUUUAUGUUUCAAUUGUAACCUUAUUUAUAGCAUCUGUAAUGAGCAUUAUUUAAUUGAUCAGUAGUUUAGUAUGUUCAUAAAAACAUAUCCAUAUUAAUGAAUAACUAUUUGAAAUCACUCAUAAAACUACAUUGUAUACAGUUGUAUAUUGGCCAUCACCUGGGGAAUCCUUCAGAAGUGCCCACAUAAUCCAGAGGUUUCAUUCUAUAUAUGGCCUAAAACAUAAGUUAAGGGACUUCCUGUGAUGGAAAGCUGUCUUCUGUCUUUUCGUCCAAUCAAAUGUUUCUCCAAUAGGGAAUAAUUAAAUCCAGUGAUUCCCUAUGAUCCGCAUUAGAGGAUAAAUGUCCUCGUGUGAGGACCUCAAGCAUGACAUAAGAGUCUGACUCUGGUUAUAACAGAAGAAGAAACCCUCUAGUGGCUGUCAGGAAGACCAUGGUCAAAGUGGAAAGACCAUGUAUGUGCACAGUUACAGUAUGAAACCCUGCACAUACUGAGAUAUAUUCUGUUGCUUCUGCAGGUGUAAAUCUUUCAUUAGCCAGUCCAGAACAAGCGACCCGUGUCAACUGUUAAUGUUAAUUCGAAGUACAGAGGUUCUGUGUCUUUGAAUGUGUGGCAGGAUCUUCAUCUAGUUUUCAUAGAAGCUGGAUGCCAUUCUAUUGGUAAGAGAGAUUUGUUGGGAGCUGGGUUUUUAGAACAGUAUUAAACCCAACAAUAUUGAUUCAUGAAGCCAUUGUAAAAAUUUAAGCAGCCUCUUUUGAAGAUCAACCCCUAUUUAAGUGAAAGGCUGGCAAAACUGAACAUGAUUUGACAUUUUGUAAUAAACUCCAAUUUAGAAACACGGUGUUACAGACCAACCGGCAAUCUUCACAUGCUCCGUCUAUCCUCUUAAUAAAAAAAAAAAUUAAGUUCACUUUUCUUAUAAACCCAACAGUUCAGUCCUGCCCUCAACAGGUAACAAUGUAGUCCAUAAUCUCAACAACCUUGAAGUAGGUUUAAUGUAACUCCAAAACUAACACCCUAUUAAAGGGACACUGUAGGCUUUAAAACAAUUUAGCUUAAUGAAGCCGGUUUAGUGUAUAGACCAUGUCUCUGCAGUCUCACUGCUUAUUAUCUGCCAUUUAUCUGCCAAAUAAUAAAAAUAACACCCUCCUAAGACUAAACCAGGCUUUAUUAGAUUCAUGUCCAUAUGGUGCACCAAUAUAAAAGAUGAUGGUUAAGGGGUAAAGAGCCGAUACAGGCUCCCUGUAGAAGCCUGCUGAUACCUGAACUCUACAGUGCUAAAGUUGCACUGGGGGUAACUAAAGCAAAAUAAUAAAAUGCAAUACUUAUCAGUAGUGUAGAGGUACUGUCAAGCUUAAAAGGAAAUAUUGCUCAAAUAAAGAAAUUGCAGGUGCAAUCACGAGGACCGAUUGGUGUUUAACCCCCAUAUUUGUAUAUAAGAGGUAGUGAAAAACUCACCUAACCGCCUUAGAGCAUAUACCAGGUUGAUGAAACUCCAAUUUGGAAGUGAGACUCAUGUUUUCAAUUGGUUCUAGGUCUCCUACUACAAUCAUGAUAUUCAGAUGGCAUAGGACAGCUGGAAUCAAAAGCAAUAAAAAAGGUGAAUAAUACUUCAGAUGUCAGACAAUAAAACUGACCGCCUACAAAACCGCCCUGACUCUCUUGGCAACUAGUUAAAAAGCAAUAGAGGAUAGUUGGACAGCUGAUAUGAAAGCACAUAUAACAAACCUAUAGAUAAAAAUGACAUGCGCUUGUCCAUUGCAAAAGUGAGGUAAUAAAGUGAAAAUAAAUUCCGACUCAUUUCAGUGCAUACAUGCACGUUUGUUAGUAGGCGAUUUUAUUUUUUAAAUUUUUUUGUAUUUUUUUGUAAUUCUUUAUUUUUAGAUGUGCAUAGCAAUAUCAAGAAUAAUUUCUCAUACACAUAAUGUCAGCAGCGCAGAGACAUAUUCAUCAGAUAAGUGUACCGGAGAAACAGCACAUUUUCAUUUUUUGCAAAUCCUAGAAAGACACCACAUCUACAAAUACAUCUCCAAUAAUAAGGCAGACCUGCAGGAAGAUGUGAGGGUAGGUAAAGAAUAAGAAUAUAGAAAGGACUAUGCUAUUAGGUAAGCUGAAAUGGUUCUAGAGUCCACCCUGAGAAGGAAAACCGUAAGACAAUAGGACAAACGAAAAGCGGCCUCAUCAGAUUAUCUUUCUGGUGAUUUUCUUUUUUAAAUCCAUUUAUCCCUAAUAAUCCCUUUUAAGAUAGGAUAGCCCCACCUUCCCUGUAAAGCCGGACUAGUCCCACUUAUGUAACGGUUACAAAAACGUUAUCCUAAGCAAGUGUAAAAUGCAUUGCUCAAUCUGUUGUAUUAAAUAUAAACAUAAAUGGCUGUCUUCCAUAAAACGUUUAAAUGUAACUCUUGAUAAACUGCUUCCAUUGCAAAAAUGUGACUUUAAUUUUCUGUAAUAUCCCAUAUACACAGUGCAUCCACAACACACGCACCCUGUAUCCACUCUACACACACUGCAUUCUUGUGGGCAGACUAGAGGCGAGCCCUGAUGGCGGGUUUGGAGGCAGGGACUCAGACCUUGAGCUGUUAGGGUUCCCAAAAUUUCUGAUGACAGCUCUGCUUGUAUACAUAAUGUUCAACCUUUUAAGUUUCUCUCCUAGCAAAGAUUAAGAUAUUAGGUCAUGACAAUAGACUGCUGUGUUUUUUUUCUUUAACUUUCCUAUAUUUAUAUUCAAUACAAUUUUUUAAAAGCCGGAAUGUUAUUGCCUCCACAAUUUAUUUAUUUUUUUCUUUAUUUUUUUUUGAGAUUUGUACGGUCAACCCUGCUAAAUUCUAUGCUUUAAGACUUCUUUUUAGUGGUAAAUGGGAGGUUUCAGCGGUAACACGUCAUUGCAUCAGGUGCUUCAUAGUGUUCUAAAUAUUUCAUGUACUUCAAAGAAGAAGUAAAGAAGUAAAAAAAAAAAAAAAAAAUAAUAAUUUAAAACUAUAGAUCACCUGUUCAUAGAUAGCUUGGGUAUUGACAUAAAGUGGCAGAAACAUUGAAAGCAUUCUAUUUACCAGAGGUUAGUGAACAAGUAAAAAGUACAAAAUAAAAUGGUUUAGGCGCUCACUAUAACUAUAAUAAGUGGCAGUAGUAAAUCAAUCAAGGAUUCCUGAAACUUCUGUGAAACCCAAAAUGUAUACCAAACCGAAAGUGAUCACAUCCCAAACAAAUAUGUAUGCUAAGUGUUUUAGGGCAACCUUAUGGUGUAUUACAUAAAUUUGCACAAAUAUACCAACUUUUAAUCAUGUAAAUAGCAUAUAUUUGUGCAAAUUUCUUUAUGUAAUACAUUAUAAGGUUGCCUGGAAACACUUGGCACACAUCCUUGUUGGUGUGGUUUAUCACAUUCUGUAAAUAAAAUGGUGGCACAUACACCGUGUAAGCCAGCGGAAUGUCUCCAUGUUAUUUUAUCUUUUUGUUGGUUUUCUGUUUUUUCCUCUCUCCCCCUCUUCCUCUCAUUUACCAAGCUAAUUAUGCAAUUUUCACUUCUUCAUAGGGGCGAUCUAUCACCUCUUCAUCUCAGCUGGAGAAGAAGAAAGGCGUAGCAAAUAUAAUUUUGGACGUUUACAAGCUGAACCCUAAAGAUUUUAUUGGCUGUUUAAAUAUAAAGGCUACUUUUUAUGAAAAGUACUCUGUGGCCUUUGAUAUCCAGUGCUUGGGAGCAAAAAAAUUCCUUCGGUGAGUCACACAAUACACUGCCGUCUAUGUGAAAAAUCUAAUUCUAAUUCUCAAGCCAAUCUCUAGAAAUCAGCUGUUCAGAAACUCUCUCUCCAUCCUUGGAACCCACCUACUGUUCAGAUGACUUAUUCAGUCUUUCACUGUGAAAGGGUCUCACAAAUACGUAAGAGAUUUCGAUUUUCUUGGCGCCUAUGCUGACUGUUGCUUUUGUAUGGCUAAUUGCAGGUGUUAUUGGGGAGUGGAAAUUCGUCCUGGACGGUGUUCCUUCCCUUUCCAUGCCAUUUGAAAGUGGUUGUUUAAUGUAAUAGCCACAUGGCUGAUAUCUGAUCAUGUAUUUAUAGGAUGGAGGGAUCAGAAUUAAGUUUCUUUUCCUUUUUUUCAUUGAGAAGCCUAGGGACAGUUACAAAAAGAUCAGCAAUAAUUGUAUAUAAAAGUUAAAAAUCUUCUAGUCAUAUGUCGGUGCUUAAUUUUCAGAUCAUGUAAUCUAAUAUUGUAUUUUUGUCCACAGUUAGGCCAAUAAGAUACAAAAGUGGUGUUUUUUUUGUUUGUUUUUUUUCCCUUCUUCUUUACUCCCAAGCCAUUCAUGCUAUGUCACUGGCAUAACUGUAAAGAUUGCAAAUGUGGAGUCACAUUACAAGAGGAGGUUUGCAGUCACGAGUAACUCUUAUACCUGGUUUGAGGAGUAGGACUUGUAAUUUUGAGUGAGACCGUAAAUGUGUCCAUAUUUUUAUGCAGAUUGGAAAAUGUUAAUCCCGUUUUGUAGUGAUAUCCUGUGUCCCUGGUUAGGCAGUUAUAGCAAAAACCUAAACCCACUGCUGAUCCAUAUAGGCUAUAUUUGCAUUUAUUUCAGAAUCUUAAAUGGACUGUAACUUAAUAUAUUUAUGUAUUCUAGUGCAAAAACAAACUUAAAAAAAAAAAAAAAAAAAUUCAGAAAUAUCCAGAUUUAAAGCCACUGUAUUUCCUGAAAAUCUGCAGGAUUUCCAUGGCGCUCUACUAAACAAGGAAGCGACUAUAAUUUCUACAGGACUGACCAGGCUUCCCCAUAAGCAGUGCUUUAUGAUCACAGAAAGGGAUUUUAAGAGUUAACUACAAUUCCCAGCUAUCAUUCAGUAUUUUACGUCCAAAAAAGAAACCAAUGCAGGAUGGAAGAGGGGUGGAAAUAGGAGCUUUUUACACUGCAUUUUUUUUUUUUUUUUAAUCCAAGUGUCUACCACCUCAGGUUGGCUCGUUAAUUUUAUUUAUUUAUUUUAAUUAAGCAUCCAAAAAUACUUUGGUUAGGAACUUGUCUUGACAGAUCUGUUUGUAUAACAUGAGUCAAGCCAGAUGGUUAGUAAACUGCAAAUUAAGUGUUUCUUCUUAUAAAAUAUGCAGGUUUUUUUUUUUUUUUUUUAAAUAGUAUUAACGUAUUUCCACUACCUCGAUAUCUAGCUAUCUUGUUUUCUGUGGCUGUUACACAGACUUGUUUCCCAACAAUGUAAUGAACCCCUAAACUUUGGCUUUAUAGUAUCUGGCCGCAUGGAUGACGUUUAGGGCUCGUAUGGUAUUGUCUCUUGCUUCCCGGCCAGGGAUGAACCCUACCUGAUCGGGAUGGACUAAGUCCGGCAGCACUCUUCUUAUCCGUGUCGCUAGGACUUUCGUGAAGAGUUUCAGGUCCACGUUCAGGAGUGAAAUUGGCCGGUAGCUUGCACAGUUGGUUGGAUCCCUGCUUUCUUUAGGGAUGACUGCUAUCGUUGCCGAUAGGGCAUCUCUCGGGAGUGUCCCCCCGUCUAGUAGGGAGUUGAGUCCUGUGAGUAAUUUAGGCAGGAGCACAUCACCAAAUUCUUUGAUGUAUCGGACCGGUAACCCAUCCGGGCCCGGUGCCUUAUUGGGCUUGGAUCCCUUCAACGCAGCUUGAAGUUCGUCUAGUGUAAUUGGAGCUUCUAGUUCUUCCGCCACAUCUUGGCUUAGGGUUCUCGUGACAUGUUGUUGCAAGUAGUUCCCAAUUCGUAUGUCCCUGUGGGGGCAGUCGUCUGUGUUGCCGUCUGGCGAUAGGUUAUAUAAGUCGCUGUAGAAACCGUGAAAUGCAUCGGUUAUCUUGUCAGGGAGUUGCGUGGCUACUUGUGCCCUGUCUUUAAUUUUUGUGAUGUGGCACAGUCGGCGUUGUCUUUGGAGCGUCCGGGCCAGAAGGCGGCCACAUUUGCCCGAGUAUUCAUAAAAAAACCUAUGUGAUUUACGUAUAGUGUAUUGCAAUUUGUGGUGCAGGAUGUCUCUCUCAGUGCUUGUCUGGCUUCCAGUAGAGCUUUGUAGUCGUUGUCCGAUUGGGUGGACUUCUGAGUGUUUUCCAGCACCGAGAUCUGCGCGGUCAGGUCAGUCACACGUUGUCACUGUAUCUUCUGCCGAUGGGUACAAAUCUUAAUCAGCUGCCCUCGGAUAACGCAUUUGUGUGUCUCCCAUAUCGUCAGGGCUGGUAUCUCCGGGGAUUCGUUCUCCUCAAAGAAUGUGGUAAGCGUAGAUCGGAGUUCCAUCGUUACUGGUGCGUCGUUGAGUAUCGACUCAUUCAUCCGCCAUUGCCGUUCUCUUGGGCGAUAUAGGGGGGAUCUAAGUGUUACUGAUACCGGUGAGUGGUCAGACCAUCCCAUGGGCCGUAUCUCUGCUGAGAGUAACAUAGGUAGGAAUUCUUGGGCCACAAAUAUAUAAUCUAGCCUGCUAUAAGACUUGUGUAACGUGGAGUAGUAAGUGAAGUCUUUAUCCUCUGGGUGAAGCACCCUCCAGCCAUCCAUGAGGCCGGAGCCUCGGAGCACCUCUCGUAUGACUCGUAGGCCCCGAGACGGGAAGGAGCUAGUCCCCCUAGAGGUGUCAGUCCUCGGUUCUAGGGCAACAUUCAGGUCGCCUGCCGCUACGAGGAAGCCCUCCUGGAAUGUCUCAGGUUUAUUCAGCGUCGUUCUAAUGAAUCUAGAUUGCUGGGUGUUGGGCGCAUAGAUGCUAGCGAAAGUGUAAGAGCAGCCGGCUAUAGUGCCUUUUACAAACAGAUAGCGUCCCAUAGUAGCCGCGCACUCAAACGGUAUCGUGCUUGCGAACAGGAUCGCCACUCCAGCUUUUUUGGCCGUCUGAUUUGCAAAAAAACCCCAGCGGGUAUCGUGCGUCUUUCAGCUGUGGGCUAGCAUCGCCUCGAAAGUGGGUCUCCUGCAGGAGUGCAACAGAUACCCGCUCGGCCCAUAGGGAGCGCAACAGAUGGGAUCUUCCCUCUGGCACAUUCAGUCCUUGGACAUUAUUAGACCAGACAUGGAGGGGCGCAGGAGUGAACCCCGUCCCCAUGGCUCGUGAGACGAGAGGUGGGAAAGGGGGGGGGGAGAGGGGAGAGAGGGCAAGGGUAGGAAGAAAAGAAUGUGUCAAACCCGGUGCGGGCUCGCAGUGACUCGGCAUCUGUGGUGGCGGUGACUUUUGGGUCCACGGAGAGUGGGUGUACAACACCUCCCCACCAGUUUUAGGAGGGUGCCCGUCUAGAGGACGCAGGUCCCUUGGAGCACUAGCGCAGGACUCAACCUUCGCCUAUGAUUUGUGUUGGGGAGUAUUCCCCUGGUGUAUUUACAGUGAUUUAGUAGAGGUGGGUUAACUAUGGUAGGAAGUAUGGAUCCCUGUCUACAGGGAUGUGUUAGUUAAUAGACUUGUAGUGUAUACGAACCGUGUCCCCUCCCCCCCUGGCCGAGGCAUUCAGGUGUUGCGGGAGGCAUAAGGUUACCGGUGGAUCUCAUAUGGUCAGUUUGGCUAACAUCAGCCGUACGCCUGGUCAUCUAGUCUCAGGUCCCCGGGGAUGCAGCUGCGCGUCAGGGCGUGGGUGAGGGGAGCUCGUCGUGUCCCUUGUCAUGUCCCAGGUGGGUCUAGUCAUCUGUAUCUACUUCAUUCUCUCACAGAAGCUGGUAUGGUUAGUCCUGAGAGUCCGGCAGGCCUGUUGUAGGAAUAACGCUGUCAGACACCCGCAUGGGGUGGUGGUUUAGGGCCCUGCUUAGUCUCCCUCCCCAGUCCCGUCUGAGAGUCUGUUUGUUAACCUGUGCCCAUAAUACGUAGCCCUGUCCCUCCCCUCCCUAUAGAGUGAGGGAAGGCCUCCGUGCGUGUGAUCUCAGGCCCCGUGGGAGGGUUAUAAACCUAGCUUCGGCUCUCUCAAAAAAAACAAAACACCCCACACAUCAACAAUAGAAGACAUCGUUCCCAGUCCAAGUUCACCCCCUCCCCCAGCUUCACAUUUCCUCCGUCCACCUCUAGUUGUGAGGGUGCGAGAUUCGCAGAUCCAGUUUGGGCGGUGAAGUCAGUAGAAAUGUCCAGUGUCUCGGGAGCUUAUGGAAUGCUUCCCCCUUACGAGUUGGAAGCUCUAUGUGAUCCCGUGUAACCUGCUCUUACGCCACCUUGUAGGGUUUCUGGGUUUGGGGGGACUCCGUGGCGAGCCACACUUCUUUACCCCUGCCCUUCAAAGUGGGCUUCCCUCCAUGAGCCCCCCGCCCAAGUGCCCGUGCGUGACCCCACAGGUCUCUUCGGCUUAUGCGUGCCCCAGUAUGGCAGUCGGCUGCGGCCCAUAUCGUGGGUCAAGGCUCCCCCAGAGGAGUCCACAAAUUUUUGGAGGUGAUCCCUUCUUCCCCAGCAGGCCCCGCGUCACGGCCAAAGUUAGGGUUGGCCCCUAUCCCCCCCCUCCCCAUGUGUCUUGGUUAUUUCCCCUCUAUCCCCGUGGGGGGGUGUGUGUGUGUGUGUGUGUGUGUGUGUGUGGGCUCCCAAGUCCCCAAGAGUGCGUAUAGAACUCACCGGGCCCCCACUGACCUGUUUAGGCUCUGGCUAGACUACUCCUCUGGCCCCUCCGAGCCCCUUCUCCGGCGCGACGGGUCGCCACGAGUAGGUGCAGCUUCAGGUGGUCUUAUAGGAGCUAGCGGGUCUCUCCUUGAGGUGAUUGCUUCGUUGAGGAUCCAGUUUCGGAUUCUGAUCUGAGGCAGGCCAAGUGUUCUCUGAAAUCUCGGUAUGUCCUCCGGCCAGCGGGCCAUCAGCCAGGUGUUACCGUGCCUCGCCUGUAGGCUAAAGGGGAAGCCCCAGCGGUACGGGAUCCUCUUGUCUCGAAGGGCACCGGGCGCAGGGCUCUUCUGGCGUCUAGCGUUAGGCUGGAUAGGUCUUGGUACAGGGAGAUAUCCGUCUCACGGUACCUCAUGUUUGGGAGCUCCCUUGCGACUGCCAUUAUUUUAUCUCGCAGUCCACAUGUGGAUAUGCAGAAGAUCACAUCCCUGGGGCUGCCAUCUAGUCUCGCCGGACCCAGGGCUCUAUGCGCUCGGUCAAGGGGCUUGUACCCUAGGAGCUGCCUGAAUAGGUUGAUUAGCGUGGCGUGAAGCGGUUCUGUACCUGACUCUGGUAGGCCGCGGACUCUUAUGUUGUUGUGCCUGCUCUUAUUCUCCAGAUCUUCCACUUGUCUGCGCAUCGUGAGGAGCAUGUUACCCUGUCUGGUACCUCCAGCCACCUCCGUCGCCCUGUGCUGCUCCUCACAUCCGCGAGCUGUCGACUCCAUUUCGUCCACUUGUUGCUCCAGCACUGUCAGAUCAGAGCGGAGGCCUGCAAGCUCUUCACGCAGUGCCGUCCGGAGUUCUUGUACCAGGGAGCCCGUGUCUGCCUUGGACAGCAUGUUGGUGGAAAUUUGGGUAAGUUCAGCCCGAAUCCGGGCUAAGUCACUUGCCUGGGUAUCCUCCGCCAGGGAUUCCCCUGCACUCUCCGAGCCCGGAGAGGCGGGCGCCAUCUUGGAAGCAUGCUGCUGUCCCCUGAAAUCCGACGGCGUGGCUAUAAAAUCAUCCAUCGGUCCCGUGCACCGGCGCAGGGAGCUAACACCCGCCGACUCUGGUGCUAGGUGCUUUUUAGUCCGGACCAUUAUCUGCCGUUUUGUUGCUAUUUUUUUUCGCUAAUUUUUCGGCGAAGCUCGUUCACUGUGCGUCCUGCACCAUGCUCGUCCAGGCCACGCCCCAUUAUUGCAUUAUUGUGCUUCCAGAAUGCAGUGGCUAUAUUCUGGGGUUACUAUUGCAAGAUAUGACUGUCCAAUAUAAGUUUCAUGCUACUUAAAGUUAAAGAAUGGAUUACUUGCCUCCUUCCAGCAGCCAGGACUCCUGCUGCAGCCGCCAGCUUCGAAGGCAUAGUCUAUCCUCUUCCUCAGCCAUUGCUUCCCACAGAAGCUAGCCCCAACACCACACUCCUUCAGUCAAAUGCUGAUUUCCAGACAGGUUUACUUGGUUUGGAGGAAGAAACGCUUCUCGUUGCUGUAAGGAAGAUGGCCACUAGAAGUGGAUUCAACCCUGCUAAGUAGCAGUUUCUUAAAAAUAAAAAAAUAACUGCAAUGGUUUACAUUACAGGAUUAAAAUUACUGCUCUAGUGGCACUUUAAUGUGGUUACUACUUGGGCAACAGCAAGGAAAUGGCUCAAUGUUUUUCAUCCAAUCCAUACUGUCCCAUAGAACCAUACCAAAGUUUUAGGGGGAUGGGGGGGAAGGCGGAGGCAACAUAAUGUGCACACUGUCUUUAAAUUGUAUAUUUGGGGUGUUUUGAUUUUUGCGUUGGUUGUUUGGUGUGUUUUUUUUUUUGUGUGUGUGUGUGUGUGUGUGUGUGUGUGUGUGUGUGUGUUUUGGUUUUGUCUUUUGUUUAAAGUAAUUGUAUUCAGUGGGGAGAAUAUAAUAAAAAUAUAGGAUUUUUUUUAAAAUUUAUUGGGAAAAUGUAAAAGGUCAUUUUAUACUCCACAACCAUUUUGCUUUGCUGCAACAUGUUUGGUGCUUGGUUACUUGCAUCUAUUUUAGUAGUGAGACUAACUUAUAACAGGAGUGACAUUUGGCAAAGCAUAAUGGUCGAUGUACUCCACAACCUGUAGACUCUACAUUGUAGAGUGACGAAGACUGCCUACCCCUGCCAUAGACCUAAUGAGGCACUCCUAAGUGGAGCCUCUCUAACUGGUGUGGGCGGGCCUUACAGACAGACCCAUUGAACAGUGAAUUUUGUGGCCCUUUCAAAGUAGGUUUUUUGCGUUAUCUAUAUAAUUGCCGAACAUCCUAAUGUUCUGGUGUCCGCAGGCGUAAAUCCCUGUCAACGCCAAGAAGACACAUGUAUCAAUACCUCAGUCAGCUGGAGCCAUGUUUAGUGGUCCCAGACAGACAUAUGAGCUGUAUGAAGCACUUAAAAUGCUACAAUGCUGCCUUUAUCAUAUAAACAUUACAUUACCAAAUAUGUUUAAAUAAUAGUGCUGUGAUUUCAUAGCCGUUUUGGUUAAAUUGGGUUUUUGUGAGAUUUUACUCUAAUUUGGUUGGAGUAACCUACAACUUAUUUUUAAAUUCUCGUGGUGGUGGUUAUACUAGAAUAAGUGUGGUUGGUGUUUAUAUCAUUAUUUUUGGUUUAGUGCAGACAAAUUGUGUUUUAAAAAAAAAAAAAUCACUGUCUGGGACAUGGCUUUCAUCUGGAACCUUAAAAUCUUCACAAGCACCCAUUUAAUGUUAUUUAUAUUACACAAGUCAUUAAAGGAACACUGCAAGACCCAUACCCACUAAAGGCUGCUGUAGUGGUUUUGAUGCCAGGAGUGCCCUGGCUCGCACCCAUAGGAUGUAGUCAAAUUUUAAGAAUGGUUUGCCAGUUUACCUGGUCCUGCCAACGCCUCCCCUGAUGCACAAAGCUACUGCCACUGAACUAAGCUUACUCAACAAACGCCAAUGAGCACUGCAUGGCUUAACUCUGUGUAGCUACUAGCUAGCUCCCUGCAGCAGGGGAAUCAGUGGGACGCACCUGGCAAAACCCAGGUUAAUUAUCACACUGUUCUUAAGCCGGGUGACUUGGAGUGUUCCAGUACUUGACAUUAUAGGCACAUGUCUGCUAACCGCAUGUAACCAGGACAUACUAAAUAUAAUUUAGAACACCGAGCAGUUAGUAUUUCUUUCUGUGCACCAACGCUUCUGUAUUACUGUAUUGUACAAUGCAUUGUAUGUUUUACUAAACAAAACCACCCAACGUUUCAAGUUUAGAGAGCAACAAUACGUCUGGGAAUGUGGCCAGUAAUUAUCUAUUCUAAAACAUUCUAGGAAUGUAGCACUCUGAGCACCAGAACCCCUUCAGCCAACUGUAGUGGUGAUGGUGCAGGGUGGCAACAUAACGUUUUUAACAAACCAUUUUCAAGCAAUUUGACAAAUAAUGGAGGAUUCUCUUACAUCCAAAGACCAUCCCAUAAGCUUGGAAUGCUGUAUGUGAAAGUAUCUCCUUUUAUGUGUCCAAAAUAACAGUUCUGGUAAGAUGGCUUUAUCCACGCCAAAUCAGCAUUUACACUUUUGGCAAUGUCAAAUUGAUGCAGGCUUCUGAACUUCUUAAAAAAUGGAUACUAUAUUUAAAAAGGGCUAUGGGGGUGUUUGAGGGCAUAUGGGAACUAUGUCAACCGUUAAUUUUCAAUGUCAAAGUCUAACUUGACCAACUUACCUGCUGAUCUUUUCUCCCUAGUGUUCUUUUCUUUGCUGCAGCUAUAAUGAGUUUGCCUUCCCAGUACUCCUGUUAUAUAGUGAUUAUGGGUUCUUUAUGAUGUCACUCACUGACUGGGAUAUGUUUGUGAUGUCAUUAGCUGAGCUGUAAAUGGAAAGUCUACUUGGUUCAGAACUAUGUAAUUAAUACAUAGAGGUGAAAGGUGUGUGUCUAUUCAUUAUAAAAUUAGGUGCUGUGUAUCUUUAAAUCUACAUAUAAGAUCGAGUCUUAUCCUGUGAUAAUGUAAAGGGUUCACAGGGCCCUGCUCCAAAAUGCCUGUCUGAUGCAGGUAACCAUGCAAAUGUACGGUCUAAGUGCAUUAUAUGACCACUGUGGUAUCGCCUAUAAUGGCACUUGUGCUCGACUCUGCAAAUGAAAAACCGUAAGUGAAUAUUCUACCCUCAAACACUUAAGCUCCAUGUGUCACACAGAAUGUCAGGCGGAGGAAAACUACAUAAGACAAAGUUUGUCUUAUGUUAAAAAAAAUAAAAAAAAUAAAACUAGAUCCGAAAUAAAGAACAGAUUCUGAGCGAAACAAUAGCAGAAAGGCAAGUUCCUUUUAGUAUAUGACCGGAUCCUUCAGCCAUAUACAUGCAACUUGAGCCAGACCGGGUUAGAGAAAACCACAGAGACUGACUAUUUUUCAGUUUCUGUGCAGGGAGUGAAGGAGGGAAGACCAUAAUUUUUUUUUCAAACACGGUCUAGCCCAUGGGUGUCCAACCUUUUGGCUUCCCUGGGCCACAUUGAGUGUAUAAAAAUUUUCUCGGGCCCCAUAUAAAAUAAAGUGCCUCCUUGCACACUGAUGUGAUGCACACACACUAAUGUAACACACUCAAAUCUACACAAAGAUCAUAAUUUACAAUAAAUAUUUUAUCCACCCCCCUGCUACGCUGCCUUUUUGGUGGAUUUCCUGGGGGUCCAAUGGUGUCUGGCUUAGUCUGAUGGGAGUUUCUUCAUACGCCAGGAGGAAGUGACUUGUAAUCACUUCAUCCCGGCACUGCGGCAUCAUACAAAGCAGGAUAGUACCACAGCUGGUGGGCCGUAUUGCCUGCGGUUCGCGGCCACGGGUUGGACAUGCCUGGUCUAGCCCAAGACUUAUGUAUAUGGCUGGAGUGGAGGAUCCUGUCCUAAACUAAAAGUAGAGUUAAAUUUUCUCUAUUAAUUGAUUUCCUUUUAAAUGUUAAUUAAAAUGAAUAUCCAACAAAACAAUAAAAAAAAUAUAUAAAUUUAAAGGGACUUUCCAUUGCCCAAAUCAAAAUUCAUUGUUUAGUAGAUAUACUCCUAAUUAUGCAAUUUUUUUUUUUCAUUGGGGUUAUAUCUAAAAACCGCUUGCCAAAUCUGCAAUUCUCGUCUGCUGCUGCCUCUAGAGUUUAUCUCCACUGAGCUAAACAGCCAGGAGGUGUAUAUCCAGGUAAAUUCAUGUCAGGUGUCUGUUUCUAGUGAAAUCUGCACAAUUUAUCACACACCGCUUUUCUGCAAGCUAAAGUGCUUUACGGGUCUGGAGUGUCCCUUUAAGCAAACUUUUCUCAAGUGGCCAACAAAAUUAAGCAUUAACAUAGGCGAUCUUACCAUCUUAAUUUAAUGGGUGCCUGGUGAUAGGCUGAGCACAAACUAGGCUAGGGAGUGAAUUUAAAAACCACGAAUUUGCUGAACGCUUGGCCUAUCAGCAGCUUUUGCAAAGUUAAUUUUUCCUUAUGCUUAAAUGCAUAGAGGAAGGAAGCAGAGUUGGCUGCAAUGCGCUAAGCUCAGCUGUGCCCGGCCAACUCAUUGGCUAAUCACUCUUACCCAUUGAGCUAAGCCCAGCAUGACAGGCUUAGUUCAAUGCAGGAACUUAUGGCAGCAAAAGAGGAGGGGCUUAGUGGACCCGAGGAAAGUCAUCAAACCAAUUAUCAGUUUGACUACGUACUCUGUCAGUGCAUUAGCGGGCUGUCUUUUUUAUGGUUCUUGGAGUGUUCCUUUGAAUCUAAUCACCACUAGAUAUCUGCAGUCUAUUUAAUUUGGGUACAUAUUUUUAUUUUUUUCUUCCAUUUCUUGACCUAUUUUCUUCUUUUCCAGGAAAUUUUGUCAGCUUCUAUCCCAUCUUGCACAGAUUACUGGACAUCUUCUUCUGUACAGCAGCUCCGUUAUGAUGCAAUGGUCCGAAUGUCCUGACGAGGAAACUCCACAUAAAAGGGAGAGAACUGGCAUCUAAUUGUGGAUUCCAAAAUCAGUGGACUAAUUCAUUAAAACUAGCAGCAGUGAUAUACUAAAUGAGCUGAUCUUUUGUCAUGUACUAGAGAGCAGGAUGUUUUGCAAAAUAUAGAAAAAUCGAAAAACCAAUCCCUCUCAUGGAUUUUGUUCUCACUUUUGUCACCUAAUGUGCUUUUUAUCUUUACCAUUCUGUGGAAUCAAGCGGCCUUUAUUUGUGGUAGUUCUUGUUAUUGGCACACUUAGAUAUUGUCUUAUGUUUGAAAAGAGACUGCUUUAAAAACGGUGACCAUUGUCCAAGUACACAGGGAAACGUGUCUGUUAAAUGUUGUACAAGAUUCAUUUUUAUAUUGUAUUAUGUUUUGGAGGUUGUUUUUGGUUUGUUUUUUACUAGCUGGUUUACAUUUUAAUUAAAGUUUACAUGGUAUUACCACCUUU